UGUUCGUAGCCUCCUGCGGUGGAGGAGGUGAUGGGUACAGGGAGGACUGCGAGUAGGGCCAGAGGAUACAGGGAGACCUGUGUCCACUGGAGGAAGAACAGCCUGAGUGUGCAGUACCCAGAAGCCACCCCCACCAUGCUGAAGACCGUCUGUAGAGUGCUGGGGCAGAUAGAGGUGCUCAAGAGUUUCCAAGAGGAUGUGGUGCCCAACCCCUUCACGGCAUACCCCUACCUCCUCUUAUAUGAGAGCCGCCAGAGGCGCUACCUGAGCACCCCGAUGGAUGGCACACCCCGUGGCAAGGACAGGUUCCUAGCCUACCCCUGUGCAGUAGGCCAAGAGACCUUCUCCUCAGGGAGGCACUACUGGGAGGUGGGCAUGAACCUCACUGGUGAUGCACUGUGGGCCCUGGGCAUGUGCAGGGACAAUGUGAGCUGGAGGGGCAGGGUCCCCAAGCGCCCAGAAAAUGGGUUCUGGGUGGUGCAGCUAUGCAAGGGAAAGAGGUAUGCACCUGCCAUGUCUGCCCUGACACCUGUCAUGCUGACUGAGCCCCCCAGCCAAAUGGGCAUCUUCCUGGAUUUCGAGGCCAGAGAGGUGUCCUUCUACAAUGUGAACAAUGUGUCCCACCUGCAUACCUACUCCCAGCCCGCCUUCUCUGGCCCCCUGCAACCCUUCUUCUGCCUUGGGGCCCCCAAAUCGGGCCAGAUGGUCAUCUCUACAGUGACCCUAUGGGUGAAGUGA